AUGUUCGCCCAGAUCUACAACUUCUUCCUACGAGACCGAGUCGCAGCAGAAAUCGAACGAACGCUCGUUCAACUGAAUAUUUCUCCACUCAUGGCUCCGGAAUCUCAGCAAGCCCCAGCAGGGCCCACUGGUCUUCCACCUCGCAAGGUCGAUACAUUCACCGGUGAUGUUAUUCAUCAUGAUACUUACCCGGGAAUUGAUCCCGUGACAGCAUCAGAUUGCACUGGUAAAGCGGUUCUGAUCACGGGUGCCAGCAAGGGGCUCGGCAGAGCGAUCGCAAUUGGGUACGCCGAGGCUGGCGCGUCACAGAUCGCUGUCGCUGCUAGGUCUGACGUCUCAUCUACCGUUUGUGCCGUGAGGGAUGCUGCGAAAAAGGCGGGACGUAAGGAGCCAGCAGUAUUUGCAUUAGAAAUUGACGUCAGCGACACGGCAAGCGUAAAAACAGCCGCGCAGAAGUUAGAAGCAGAAUGGGGACGACUCGACAUUUUGGUCAACAACGCCGGGUAUAUGGCGCCCUUCAAGCUAUUGCUAGAAACAGAUGAUGACGAGUACAUGAAGGCUUGGGAUGUGAACUACUGGGGAACUUACCGAGUCACGAAAGCGUUCCUGCCCUUGUUGCUCAAGGGAGGGGACAAGACGAUUGUCAACAUGUCUUCCGUCGCGGCACAUUUCAUGGGAGCCGGGGGCGGAGCAUACCAUGUCUCCAAGUUUGCUUUGAUUCGAUUCACAGAGUUCGUACAAGAUGAGUAUGGUGAUCAGGGUGUUUUGGCAUUCUCAAUCCAUCCGGGAGGAAUACCAACUGAACUAUCCUCCAACCUACCCGAGAAACUACAAUGUGAGAAGAAAUUUUCAUUACGAGCUGUAAACAGUUAUGACUGA